AUGGGCUGUGCUCCUUCUCAGAGCAGUUUAAUCCAGAACUUCUCUAAGAAUGGACCAGGGUCGUUCAGAAAAGGCAGGAUGCUGAGAGCUCAGCUUGAGAGGAUCGAAAGCCUGACAGAGACUCAAUCCAAAGAUGGAGGGGGCAUAACCAACCCUUGUGAAAUGGACACGGUAGCCUUGGACAGAGGAGGGGGCAUCCCACACCCUCCCAGACAGUGUCAGCCUAUCCUUCCAGAAACAGCCACCCUGAAGCCAGGCAGGAAGUCUUCCCUGCCAGAAGAGGCCAAUUCAUUGUCUAUCUGUCCAGAAAAGAUCGGGAUGCAGGAGAUCCGGGUUGACAUAGCUCAAGCAGGUGGGGAGAAGAAGGAGGGCAUGGAACAGCAGGAAGAGAAGGUUACAAAAAACAAAGGGCAGAGAAAACAGCAGAAAGGGAAGGCUGGAAAACAGGGCAAGUGGAUAAAAGGGAGGAGAGCCUCCCAGGAGCAGAAAGUGGACUACCCAGAGCUCCUGAUCAAGGCACACCAGUCAGCUUAUGCUUAUCUGAACCCCAGUAUCUCAAGAUACAAGGCCCUGAUGGGGCUGUUUGAUCAGGCAGUCCAGAUCCAGAUCCAGCUGCAGCAGAUGGUCAGAUUUCUGGCUCUGCGCUAUGAGGAGGUGAACCAAGCACUGGAGGGAAUCGCCAGUGAUGGAGAAAAGCUGAUGAAAGAAUCUGGGGAACACCUGGCAUGGCCUUUAGGGAAGGGGGUUGCCCUGAGGACAGAGCCCCCUCCAGAUCUGCUCCAACAGCUGUUGCAGUACUCCAUUCAGAAGAUGCAGUUGAUGGGUGGGGCAGUGGGUGGGGUUACGGACUCCGCCCUUAAGGAAGCAGUUGACUAUUUUGGCGCCGCCUCUGAUUUGAUGGCGAAGAAGUUAAAAGUGAAGCGCGGACUGGAUGGCAGGCUGGCCAGGGUCCUUGGGAGGAUCGAAGAAGCUGCUGUAAGAAAACCAGGGCCAGUGGACAUGACUCUGCACUCUGAAGACAGUGGGAUUGGAGGGGAGAGCGAAUCCAUGGCGAGCUCUGAGAGACACCAACAAUGCAGAAAAAGCUGUGGGUCUGCUAGUGUUGGAGUCACAAAACCCUACAACUGUCUACCAGAAAAAAAUAAAGCAUCUGCCUCACCUCCUCCUCCUGCUAUGUCGGGUGAUGCAGAGUCUUCCAAAGCACCCAAAGACAUUCAAAUGCAUACCCGUUUUUCUCUCAGUUCUUUGGACACUAACUGCAGCACUUUGGUAGCAGAUUUCAAAGACUCAGAGUCCCUGCUGUGGUCAUCGUCUCUCGAUGAGGAUAAUGAUGAUGAAGAGGAUUUGGAAGAUGAGGAUGAUGAAGAGGAGCAAGGCACUAAGGAACGCCCUGAUUUCUCUCCUACAGACUCUUGCACCUUUAUCAGGCAGGUCCCAAAGUGGAGUGAGAACCCUGAGAAUGAGGAGAUGAGCCUGAAAAUGAAGGACGCCAUCAGCGGCCGAAUACGAUUCGUCCCUGGCAAGUAUAAUGGCAACUGCAGCAAUGGUAGUGUAGGAAGCAGCACCACUCAGUGGCCAGAGGAAGAAGAGCACAAAGGGAAAAGGCCACAGACAGCUGCAGCAAUUACUAGAGGAAGUAAGAAGGGAGCUGCAGCCAAACAGAGGCGCUCAAGGUCGGCUGAGUCUCUCCGCAGCCAAGGAGAGGACCCCACUCUUCUGGAGCUCCAUAGAACUCAGAAGGACCUGAGCCGCAGACUGGAGAAGAUGUCAGAGGGAAAAACAGCAGAUGGCAGGUCAGCCAAUCCCAAACUGGGAGGGAAUCAACCUUUGGCCAACGCAUCAUCCAACAACCGCCUCCACUCCUCUCUGGACUCCAGCAUCCUACCAAGCCAGGACAGACCAGUCCUGUGGAAAAGCGGAUCUGGGGAGCAGGGGAUGGAGGAGGAAAAGAAGAAGAAAGAGAAGAGUGGGGGAAGGGCAACCCCGCCAAGUACUCCUCCACCCAAAAAUGAGAGGAAGUCUGUAAAGAGGCUGAUUGACACUUUCAGCCAAAUCAAAGAGAAUGUUAAUAACACAAGCCUUCUGAUGCCUCUAGCUCCCCCCAGGGGGGUAUGGAAAUGUGGUGUCCCCAUUCUGCCCUCCAUGGGCUACUGGGGACUGGCCUCCAUUAACAGUAAAGGAGAUGUGUGGGAUUUAGGGGACAUUGACUUAGACAACCUUCCACCACCACCUCCUGAGGUCUUGAUGGAUGACUCAUUCCAGAUCACUGAUAGACCUCUAGCACCCAAUGAUACUUCCAUCCCCUCUACGGACAGCAAUGGCACCAGAGGACGGUCCCCAUAUCCUCAAAGGACGUCAGUAUCCCAGAGGUUGAAGGCCUCUCUGAAUUCCAUCCAUGUGCUCCCAAGCAAAGGGAGUUUUCAGAGAGCUUUGGUUAGUGUCUCCCCCCAAAGGUCUGGCAGGCAGGACGCAGGUUCCAGGAACAGCUCUGUGGAGUCCCAGCCUGAGAUCAGACCUGACCCUGAAAAAGAGGAGGCAGCCAGCCUCUACAGGCAGGCAAGGAAGAUCAUUCACUUGCGGCACUCAACCGAGUCCCUGUCAGGGUCCUCAAUCGAAAAGGUGCAAACAAGGAUGGACUUCAACAUCUCCACCAGGAAAGCUUGCCUAAUUCAUGGAGCCACUGAGGCCUUCCCCAGCCCUCCAUCCCUGCCUCAAAUCCCCCCCCCCAGCCCUCCAGCUCCUUCAAGAACAACCCCACCAACUCGCCCACCCAUUUAUGGCACUCGCAAGCUGCCCACAACCCACCCAGCACAGACGACAACCAUCUCUAACUUCAGCCAGCCCUCCAACAACCCAAAAACAACCCAACCUGUCCAAGCAAGGAAGCUUCCCAGCCCCUCUUCCCUUCAGAGGCGAUCUGAUCCAGCCAGCCAGGGCAGCUCCGAGGGGGAAAUCGCCAGCCCAUCUUCAUUCUGCAAAACAACAUCCCGUCCCGUUUCCCCUUGAGCUGCCCACAACUGCCACCCCCACCCCCGGAACAGCAAGGAUCCAGGAGAUGAGCAGUCUCCCUCUGCUCAUUACCUUGGUAAUGUCCAAUCCAUCUUCUGUCCUGGCUCUUGCUCCCUCUUUGAGGCCCCCCCCCCACCCAGCAGAAGUAUUCUGCCCCAUCCCUGAGGAGAGCAGGCUCCAAGCAACAGGUCCACGCUAAGCGCAGUCACACACAACUCUCAUCCCUUCAUCUGCCUCAGUUGGUCAGACCACCGGCCUGGCAUCACACUAAGACCGCCUUUCUCGCCUGUCAGCUCCUCCAGCUCCAGGAGCGAGCCAGCUAUCAUC